CCUGUUCAGUUAGCGCGCUGGUUGUUCUGAGUGUUUUGUGGACAUUUUUGUUAAUUGCGUGUAAAAUUGGAAGACGUGGGAUAUCCGCUGUCUUCGUACACCAAGUCUUGUUACUUAACAUAAAGCAACAUACACUAUGAAUUAUAUCGUUCUCUCACAAAGAAUUAAGAUUAUGAUGCAAGAUUUUCACAGUAGAAAAUCAUUUCUAUAGCCAUUGGCUUUUAAGGACUUGAUUACAUCACUCUCAAGCCUGAUAGUUUGGGCACACCAGCAGCUUGACACAUUGUCUGCUUGAAUUACUGCCAUCGGUCUCUUCAGUUUUAGAAGAUACUGACUUCGGACUUAAUUGCAACCAGUGCCUUGGAUUCUUAGUUUUGCUGUUUAAUCACGAGUGGCAAAAUGAUCCCCAAUGGAUGCUUGAGUUUUGAAGAUGAACACUUCAUCGAAUCAUCUGUUGCCAAACUUAAUGCCCUGCGCAAGAGUGGACAGUUCUGUGAUGUUAGACUUCAGGUUUGUGGCCAUGAAAUGCUGGCCCAUAGAGCGGUUCUGGCUUGCUGCAGUCCAUACCUGUUUGAAAUGUUCAACAGCGAUUCUGAUCCCCAUGGAGUUUCUCAUGUGAAGUUUGAUGAUCUACACCCAGAUGCAGUCGAAGUCUUGCUAAACUAUGCUUACACUGCUCAGUUGAAAGCUGAUAAGGAACUAGUAAAAGAUGUUUAUUCUGCUGCCAAGAAACUAAAAAUGGAACGAGUAAAGCAGGUUUGUGGAGAUCACUUGCUGUCUAAAAUUGAAGCUCAGAACUGCAUCUCGUACAGGCACUUUGCAAGCUGCAUGGGUGACUCGCGUUUGUUGAGUCAGAUAGAUGCUUACAUACAGGAAAAUCUGUUUGACAUUUCUGAACAGGAAGAAUUUCUUAAACUGCCACGGCUAAAUCUCGAGGUAAUGCUUGAAGACAAUGUGUCUUUGCCCAGUAAUGGUAAACUCUACACAAAGGUCAUCAACUGGGUGCAGCACAGUAUCUGGGAAGAUGGAGAGUCUCUGGAACAUCUGAUGGAGGAGAUUCAGACGUUGUACUACUCAGCUGAUCACAAGCUGCUUGAUGGGAACCUGUUAGAUGGACAGGCUGACAUGUUUGGCAGUGAUGACGACAUUCAUUUUGUUCAGAAGAAGACUAUUCGAGAGACUGAUCUGAAGCAGGUGAGCAGUAACUCUUCUGGAAGCCUAUCCCCGGUUGCUGGAACGCACACUGCUAAACACGAGUGGAAAAUUAUUGCCUCAGAAAAAGCAACAAAUAACUCCUAUCUUUGCCUGGCUGUCUUAAAUGGUGUGCUGUCUGUUAUUUCCCUGCAUGGUCGUAACAGCCCCCAGAGUUCACCUACUGGCACUCCACGUCUGCUGAAGAGUAUGAGCUUUGAAGCACCACAGGAGGAUCCUGUUGAUCAGCCAAUGACUCCUAUGCACUAUGCUCGAUCUGGGUUAGGAAUUGCAGAACUUGAUGGCAAAUUGAUAGCUGCAGGUGGUUAUAACAGAGAAGAAUGUUUACGCACAGUUGAAUGCUAUGACCCCGCAACAGAUUCCUGGACUUUUAUUGCCCCAAUGAGGACACCAAGAGCAAGAUUUCAGAUGGCUGUGUUGAUGGGUAAGCUGUAUGUUAUGGGAGGUUCAAAUGGACAUUCAGAUGAGCUAAGCUGUGGUGAGACCUAUGAUCCAAAUACUGAUGACUGGACUCCAGUAGUCGAACUAAGAACCAAUCGCUGUAAUGCAGGAGUAUGUUCUCUGAACGGUCAAUUGUAUAUCGUGGGAGGUUCUGAUCCUUAUGGACAAAAGGGAGUAAAAAAUUGUGAUGCAUUUGAGCCUGCACUGAAGUUAUGGACAAACUGUGCUCCUCUUAACACCCGCAGACAUCAGGCUGCUGUAUGUGAACUUGAUGGGUUUCUGUACAUCAUUGGAGGAGCAGAGUCCUGGAACUGUCUGAACACAGUGGAACGUUACAAUCCUGAGAAUAAUACUUGGACUUUUGUUGCACCCAUGAAUGUUGCCAGACGUGGAGCCGGUAUUGCAGUCUAUGAUGGUAAGCUGUUUGCAGUUGGCGGAUUUGAUGGUUCUCGUGCUCUUGGUUCUGUGGAGGUUUAUGAUCCAGCAGCGAAUGAAUGGAAGAUGUUUGGAAACUUGACUACUGCAAGAAGCAAUGCUGGUGUGACUGUUGUAGGAAAUCUGAUCUAUGCAGUUGGAGGCUUUGAUGGCAAUGACUUUCUUAAUUCCAUUGAAGUAUGUAGUCUGGAUACUAAAGAGUGGAGCCCCUACACCAAAAAUGUUUAAAUAUCUAAAAGUAAUUUCAAGCUAACAGGCUUGGUGAUGUAAUUCUGUUCAGUUUUUUUGGGCAGGGAGGUGGUGACGUAGAAAUAAGUUGCUAAUGGCAACAUUAAGCUUUUGCAUAUUGCAUACAUCCGUGCUGUAUAUAGAUGACUUUGCAUAAAAUAUAAAAGUUUAUUUGUUAAUUUUUAGUUUUUUAAAAUACGUAAAGGAUUUUCAAAAAAAGCCACUGGGAUGGGAGGGGGGUGGGGGGGGGAUUAAGUACUACAGUACAUCAUAAUUUGGAGCUUCCCUUGUUUGUUUUGCAGAUUUGCACACUGUCUUUAACUGUUCCUCAGAUUACUAGCCGUCGGGAUAGUUUGGGGUGGGCAUCAGUGUUGUGAUUUGCUUUUGGAAAAUGGAACAAGCUCUAAAAAGCCUUGUGUAAAAUGUUUUUGCUAUUACAUUUCAUCCAAUGCUGAGUUGCCUGCCAGCAAUUUUUAUGAUGGCUUUUUUUAUAACAGUUUUUGUAUAUCUAAUGUUAGCUGUUUUUCUGAAGUGGCAGAUGCAAAUGGUUACUAAGCAUUGUACUGAAGACCAGUCUGGUUUGUAACAUUUCCAUUGAAUACAUUAGCCUUCUAAGCUUUUGCCCCUGCUGCAUUGAAGUACAGACUCAUUUGGAUGGAAUUUCCAGAUUUUCAAACAUUGCUAAAAUUUUCAGUAUUUAAGAUGUACCUGUUUUUGGCUCCAGACAUUUUUAGACUGAAGUAGAUUGUGAUCCUGUAUAACAAUUCUGUUACGACUCUUGAGCUAACCUUUCUAAACAAAAAAUAGUAAAUGGCAAAAAUAAACAACUUGAACCUUGAA